AUGCCUGCCUUCGCUUUUGGUGCCAAAGCACCCAACAGCAAUGCUGUUGCGGCUCGAGAAGAAGCACCCGAGUUUGAAAAAGUCAACUGGCGGAAAGAGCCCAAUUUGCGCAAGCUGUAUUUCUAUGCGGCCGUUCUGUGCAUUGCUUCGGCUACUACGGGUUACGAUGGUAUGAUGAUGAACUCCUCGCAGCAGAUGGACAGGUGGGCCAACUAUUUCGGCAAGCCUGACGACAAUCGCUUGGGCAUCAUGAACAAUGCGUACAACAUCGGUUCUAUCGUCAGCUUCUUCACCGUACCCUACGCCGCCGAGUAUUGGGGCCGCAAGAUACCCAUCGCUGUUGGCUGUUUCAUCAUGGUCGCCGGUGCCCUCGUCUCAACCUUCUCUACGAACUGGGAGAUCUACAUGGCUGGUCGACUCAUCCUCGGUUUCGGUAACAGUUUUGCGCAGAUGUGCUCGCCUAUCCUCCUCACUGAGAUCUGCCAUCCGCAGCACCGUGCCAAGCUCACCGCCGUGUACAACACGCUGUGGCAUCUUGGAGCUUUCGUCGUUGCCUGGACCGCUUGGGGCACCUCGCAAGCCGACAAUGAGUGGUCUUGGAGGUCGAUCACUCUUCUCCAGGCCCUGCCCUCUGUCAUUCAGCUUACCUUUAUCUACUGGGUACCGGAAAGUAUGGUAUCCUGCUCCCUGGGUGUGGAGUGGGCUGAAAGGCUAACUACCAACAGGUCCAAGGCUAGUCACAAUGUACUUGAGAUGAAGACUCACACUGACUUCCGCAGAUGGCUCGUCUCAAAGGAACGCUAUGAAGAAGCUUUGAGUAUGCUUGCUUACUACCAUGCCAACGGCAACCCGAAUGAUGCCACCGUGCAGUUCGAAUACCAGGAGAUGAAAGAGACCAUCAGGACGGAAGUGGAUGCGUCAAAGAACUCUGGCUACAUGGAUUUUUUCAAGACUCGCGGUAAUCGUUGGAGGUUGGCUAUCUUGAUAUCUCUCGGUCUCAUCUCGCAGUACAGUGGCAACGCCUUGUUCUCCAACUACAUGAACCUCAUAUACGAGGGUGCUGGCAUCACCAACCAGAACCAGAAGAUGGCUCUAUCCGGUGCCGAACGAGUCCUGUACCUCGGUGUUGCCCUAUACGCAGCUACUCUGGUUGACAGAGUCGGUCGGCGAAAACUCUUCUUGAUUUCAACCAGCGGCAUGGUCGUCACCUUCACCUGUUGGACCAUCACCUGCGCCGUCUACGAGAACUCGAGCGAGUCCAACUCGGCCGCCGGCUACGCACAGAUCCCGUUCAUUUGGAUCUUCGGCAUCUUUUACGCGCUCGCUUGGUCUGGUCUCCUUGUCGCGUACGCGCUUGAAAUCCUGCCUUAUCGCCUUCGCGGCAAGGGCCUCGUCGUCAUGAACAUCACCGUGCAAGCUACCCUCGCUGUUGGCGGCCAGACGAACCCCGUCGCCUGGAAGCGCCUCCCCAAUCACUGGAACCUUACCCUCUUCUACACGAUCUGGAUCUGCAUCGAACUCGUCUGGGUCUACUUCGUAUACCCCGAGACAAAGGGACCCACUCUCGAGGAGAUUGGCCGCAUCUUCGACGGCGCUGGCGCUGUUGCGCAUAUCAGUAUGGCAGAGGUUGAGAAGGAGAUCGACGAGCGUGGCGUCAUUGAUGACAAGGGCCCGCAGGUACAGACCAGCCGUGUGUAG